AUGUCUCCUCCCGAAAACGACCAAGGCCCCAUACCAGUCAUCGACAUCUCCAGGCCAUCCGAGACAGUCGCUCAGCAGGUACUGGACGCAGCUUCUACCCAUGGCUUUCUCUACAUCAAGAAUGACGGUGUGACCAUUCCACCACAAGACAUCGAUGACAUGUUCAAGGUGUCCCAAGGGUUUUUCGCCGCCCCCAAGGAGCACAAAUCGGAAUUCGCAAUCCACUCGGAAAAGGCUGGCGGCAUAAACCGGGGUUGGGUUCAAAUGCAAGGCGAAUCACUAGAUCCCCAAGGCCAAAAGCAAGGCGACCCAAAGGAAGCUUUCAACAUCGGACCUCCCAACCCAACCCUUCAACCCCUACCUUCACCACUCCGAGAAUCGUCUGAACUGAUAUCACGUUUCCAAUCAUCAUGCCAUGCCCUCUGCACAAACAUACUCUCUCUCCUCAACACCGCCCUACAAAUCCCCGAUCCUCAUUACUUCAGCACCCGCCACGACCAAUCCCUUGGCCUGUCCGGCACCAUCUUCCGCAUGCUAUACUACCCGCCAACCUUAUCCCAGGGAAAAGAGUCCACGCAAGGCGAAACUAGUAUUCGUGCAGGCGCACAUUCAGACUAUGGCAGUCUCACUCUUCUCUUCCGACUCCCGGGCCAACCCGGUCUUGAGCUGUCUACGCCUUCAGGUUGGAGAGCCGUGCCUGUGGAUCCAUCCCCAUCGACUAACCAAUAUCCUCCUAUCUUGGUAAACAUAGGUGACUUGCUGUGUUACUGGACGAAUGGAAUGUUGAAAUCUACUGUCCAUCGUGUUACAUUCGAGGGUGGACAAGAGAGGUACAGUAUGGCGUAUUUCUGUCAUCCGCUGGACGAGGCGAGGUUGGAUGCUGUGCCUAGUCCGGCAAUUGAGCGAUUUGGCAACAGAGGGGAGGAAGAAUUGAGGAGUCAGAGAAAGAGGCUGGGACUAAGAGAGGAUGGAUUGGGUGAGGAGAUCAUAACAGCCAAGGGACACUUGGAAAGAAGGUUGAAGGUGACGUAUGGGAUAUGA